AUGACUUAUUCAUUCAAAUUUUGGAAGAGAUGGAAUCACGAAAGUAGGCAUAUGUAUAAAACACUGACAGCAGCUUGUUUCGCAUGUAUCAUAGUCAUCAGUACAAAUAUAUUUAUUAUACAAAAAUUUAUUAAACAUUUACCAACAACUGUGCUUGCUAUUUUGGAAAUAGUCCUAGUUUUGUCAAUUUUAUUAGCACUUAUUCUCGCUGCCAUUCUCAAACGACGAGAUUUGUUGAGCGUCUAUAUGGUUUCUGCGUUUAUAUAUUCUCAAUAUCGUGUCAUAAUCGCUGUUACUGCUGUUUUGAUUGCUAUAUUCCCACAAACUUAUUUAUUAGCACUUUCAAGUCAGCAAUAUAGCAGGUCACAAGGUCCAUUAUGCUGUGCAGAUAGUGUGGAUAUCAGUUUGUUUUGCAAGCAUCCUAGUAUGGAUAGUGCAAAUGUUAUCACUAUACCUUGCUAUCACGUAUCGUUCUUAUUUACCACGAUCUAA